CAAUAGUAGAAGAAGAAAAACACUGAAGUUGUGGUUCACCAAGAAGAUGAGGACCACGGGUGAAGCCAGCGCUGGAAACUCAGACUUAACCAUGGAUGACGUUAAAAACCUUAUUAAAAAGAAAGAUGAAAUUGAAGAACAAAUAAAGGCGUAUUAUGAUGUCCUGGAGGACCAGGGCGUCGGAGUCGCAGGUCCUUUAGUUGACGCAGAGGGCUACCCCCGAGCAGACGUGAAUUUAUACCAGAUCAGAUCAGCAAGACACAAUAUUUCAUGUUUGCAGAAUGAUCAUAAAGCAAUUAUGGCUGAGAUCGAAGAAGCCUUGCACAAGCUUCAUGCUCAAGAGAAAGCCAAGCGAGAGAAGGAUGAGUCAGAAGCCCGGGAAGAGGCACAACAGGCCACCCAACCACCGCCGUUUGCCCGGGUCGAUACUGUGACACAAGGCUCACCUGCCUGUGGAGCUGGUCUCAGAGUUGGUGAUGAGCUCACUGAGUUUGGUUCUGUGAACUCAGAGAACUUUCAGAACCUCCAGAACAUUGCAUCUGUGGUACAACACAGUGAGGGGAAACCAUUAAGAGUCAUGGUCAUCCGGGGCGGACAGAGAGUUCACAUGACUCUGACUCCACAGCGAUGGUCAGGCAGAGGUCUCCUGGGAUGCAACAUUGUUCCGAUUCCUCGAUGAUCACCAGAAUGCUUCUUUGAGUCCUCUGGUAUAUAUGACAUCAAAAUAAAAUGUUAAAGCACUA